AUGAACCCACCCCUCAACUACUCUCAGUCCAUUCCACCUAGCUCCAUGAACCCACCCCUCAGCUACUCUCAGUCCAUCCCACCUAGCUCCAUGAACCCACCCCUCAGCUACUCUCAGUCCAUCCCACCUAGCACCAUGAACCCACCCCUUAACUACUCUCAGUCCAUCCCACCUAGCUCCAUGAACCCACCCCUCAGCUACUCUCAGUCCAUCCCACCCAGCUCCAUGAACCCACGCCUUAACUACUCUCAGUCCAUCCCACCUAGCUCCAUGAACCCACCCCUUAACUACUCUCAGUCCAUCCCACCUAGCUCCAUGAACCCACCCCUUAACUACUCUCAGUCCAUCCCACCUAGCUCCAUGAACCCACCCCUUAACUACUCUCAGUCCAUCCCACCUAGCUCCAUGAACCCACCCCUCAGCUACACUCAGUCCAUCCCACCUAACUCCAUGAACCCACCCCUUAUCUACUCUCAGUCCAUCCCACCUAGCUCCAUGAACCCACCCCUCAGCUACUCUCAGUCCAUCCCACCUAGCUCCAUGAACCCACCCCUUAACUACUCUCAGUCCAUCCCACCUCGCUCCAUGAACCCACCCCUUAACUACUCUCACUCCAUGAACCCACCCCUCAGCUACACUCAGUCCAUCCCACCUAACUCCAUGAACCCACCCAUUAACUACUCUCAGUCCAUCCCACCUAGCUCCAUGAACCCACCCCUUAACUACUCUCAGUCCAUCCCACCUAGCUCCAUGAACCCACCACUUAACUACUCUCAGUCCAUCCCACCUAGAUCCAUGAACCCACCCCUUAACUACUCUCAGUCCAUCCCACCUAGCUCCAUGAACCCACCCCUUAACUACUCUCAGUCCAUCCCACCUAGCUCCAUGAACCCACCCCUCAGCUACUCUCAAGUGGCGAUGCUGGUGAAGAUACUACCCUGCCCCUUCCUCACCCCCAAGACCCUGCCCCUUCCUCCACCACAAGACCCUGCUCCUUCCUCACCCCCAAGACCCUGCCCCUUCCUCACCCCCAAGACCCUGCCCCUUCCUCCACCACAAGACCCUGCCCCUUCCUCCCCUCCAAGACCCUGCCCCUUCCUCCACCCCAAGACCCUGCCCCUUCCUCCACCCCAAGACCCUGCCCCUUCCUCCACCCCAAGACCCUGCCCCUUCCUCCACCCCAAGACCCUGCCCCUUCCUCCCCUCCAAGACCCUGCCCCUUCCUCCACCACAAGACCCUGCCCCUUCCUCCACCCCAAGACCCUGCCCCUUCCUCCACCCCAAGACCCUGCCCCUUCCUCCACCCCAAGACCCUGCCCCUUCCUCCACCCCAAGACCCUAGAGGCUUUCUCACUUGAGAGCCCCAAUGUGUUCCUUCAGGCUUUCUCACUUGAGAGCCCCAAUGUGUUCCGCCAGGCUUUCUCACUUGAGAGCCCCAAUGUGUUCCGCCAGGCUUUCUCACUUGAGAGCCCCAAUAGAGAUUACGUUUUGGUACACAUGCUCAGGGUAGCUAACCCCCGCUGCUACUACAAGGUAUUGAUCAGAGAUGAAGAGGAGUUGAAGUGA